UUCGGGUUCAUUUCAAUUGGAUCGGCUUCCUUUUCCAUUACUACUACAACUGCUUUCAUUUGAGGCAGAGCAGAUUCCGGCGGGCGAGGUCGAGACAUGAGGGCGGUGGUGCAGCGAGUCCUCUCGGCCAGAGUCGAGGUGGAGGACCGCGUGGUGUCGGAGAUCGGUCCCGGCCUACUCGUCCUCGUUGGCGUCCACGAAUCCGACACCGAUGCAGAUGCCGAAUACAUAUCUGGUAUUGAUGGGUUCUUACAAACAACUUCAUCUUCUUUAUGGCUGCAGGAAGGUCUUAAAUAUGAGGCUGUUUCCGAAUUUAGACACUGGGAAAGGGUGGGAUCUGAGUGUUAAACAGUGUAAUUUUGGAGUACUGUUGGUGAGUCAGUUCACCCUAUAUGGAAUUUUAAAGGGUAAUAAACCAGAUUUUCAUGUUGCUAUGCCACCACACAAAGCAAAGCCUUUUUAUGAGUCACUUGUUGAAAAAUUUCGCAAGGCAUACACUUCAGAUGCAGUUAAAGAUGGUGUUUUUGGAGCAAUGAUGAAGGUCAGUUCAGGCAAAGGAAUUGUGAUACUUCAUGUGCUAGUCUCCCAUUACUGUUGCCUCUUUCUUGAACUCAUGCAGGUUAAUUUGGUAAAUGAUGGUCCAGUCACAAUGCAACUUGAUUCAUCACAAUCACGCGUUGGCGCUUCACUGGAAGAUGUCGAACAAGAUCUACCAUUGUGAAAAAUGAGCAGGCCUGUCUUCAAACAUGCCAAUUCAGACUCCCAUUCAUUCUAUCCAAAAAUUCCUUUUCUCCAUCAAGCUGUUUCACUAAACAGCUUGAUAAACUGUAUUUUGUAUCAAAAUUAUGUCAAAUAUCAUCUAAGUUAAUUUUUGAUGUAAUUCCGAUCAAGAUUUUCAAUUUCAUAUUCUUGCAGACUUGUUUUAA